AUGGGCCAAGACGCUGCAGUCGGAUGGCAAGCAAGCCCUGAUCGCCGCAGCACGCUAACCAUUAUCGAGAACUCCCUCUUCACCAUAUUCGCCUGCACGUGGAGCAUUCAGCAUCUCAACGUCCCCGCACCAGGCGAGACUCUUUGGAUGACGCUGUCGCGAAAGUGCAAGUGGGCAGCCUUCACCGUAUUCUUCCCCGAAUUCCUUAUGGCGCAGGCCAUCCUCGAAUUUGUGAUGGCCGUUGACGACAUGAGCUUGCUGAAUAAAAUCGAGUGGCGCCAAAGCCUUCCUUGGUGGUAUCGUGCUUUUCGACGCAUCUCUAGCAACUCGAGUGACGAGGAGACGGCCGUCGGGAGCGAGUCAGAGGUUGCUAGCGGGAACCACGGGCAGCAGUGGACGCUCACACACUGCUACUUUGCAAACAUGGGAGGCUUUCACCUGGCCGGCAGGUCUUCCGAGGCCGGCAGGUCUUCCGGGGCUGAAGGGUUUUCCGAAGCUAGCUCUUCCCCAGAGGCUACUGCUACAUACAUAUUCACGGCUGGCCACUUCGCCGAUUUCUGGCAAACCGUUGAAAUCCCCGAGCUCUCGGAAAAGGACCUCAACGAUAGAAGCAAAACAGAUUAUUUUACCAAGGCCCUUGCCGCCGUACAGAUCGCACAGCUGCUUCUGUCUCUCAUGGUUCGAACCGCUCGGCACCUUGCUUUCUCUCAGCUGGAGACGCUGACCUUGGCAUUCGCAACCUGUGGAGUUCUGACUUAUAUCUGUUACUGGUACAAGCCACAAGAUGUGAAGCGACCUAUCAAAGUUCGCCUCCGCCGUGGAGAAGAUGCCUUGGCCGUUUUUCAACAGCAGUAUUUCGAUAGACUUUGGGACGUCCUAACUAACUCCCGAACGAAUGACGAUAGCCAGUCUGUAGGUCGGAUCCGCAACGACACCAUCCCAAAGGCUGCGCCGGAAACAACACAUUAUGCCCUGUACGUAUUGGCGAUAUUGACUGCCGGCUUCGGAAGCAUCCACGCUCUGGCUUGGAAUUUUGAGUUCCCAACUCGCGCCGAGCAGAUAGUCUGGAGAGCCGCAACCCUUGCAUCGUCAGCUGUGCCCCCGCUUGCGCUGCUUGCUAUCCCGCUCUCCCAGAUUCUUGUGCCGUGGGGAAAUCCCCGCGAGUUCAUGCACAACUGUUUGCGUGCAAUGAGAGAAUAUUCCUGGGGCGUUUACCACAAGGAGCCUGUCCAAGCAGCCAUGAGAAGGCUAGAAGAGGCUUUUGAUGAUAUCGAGAAAGGCAAGCGGCACUACGGAGAGAUAUUCAUGGAGGAAGCCGAGGAUGACCAUUCAGCACUCCUUGCGCAGCUGCUCGAUUUUGUUCAUGACGAGAUAAGCAGAGGCAACCGUUUGAAGCUGCCCGACGAUUUUCUCGCAAAGCUCACACAGCUCGCGAGUAUCCUCGGCGCGGAUGCCCAGUCGAGAUGGCCCGACGGAGAACCCCGGACAAAAAGGCUUAUCGAGGAAGCUAGGACGAACUUGUAUCCCCAGAGGGUUCUCUUUACUCGGCCGGUCAACCUCGCCAUUAUCUAUGCGACGAGCGCCAUGUACUGUCUCGCACGUUUGAGUCUCAUCGGUGUGGCCUUUGCUAGUCUUAGGCGGAUGCCCGAUUCUGUUUAUGUGACGACUUGGGCGGCGGACGUUCCAAGCCUGCAGUGA